AGCACCAUUAAUCACUCUCAGUACACUAUGUGUGUAUUGUGCAUGCGCUGGUGAGUUAUGAGCAGUAUACGAGCAGUGUAUGAGCAGUAUAUGAGCAGUGUAUGAGCAGUGUAUGAGCAGUAUAUGUGAAGUGUAUGAGCAGUCUAUGAGCGGUAUAUGAGCAGUGUAUGAGCAGUAAGUGGUAUUUAUCCUCUUGUAGGUGGCGUAUCGAACCGUGGCAGAGAGAAGGGGGCCGGCCAAAAGAGACUGCACUAAACACUCGUCUUUUCCUCAAACUCAAAUCAGUGUUUUUAAUUUUUUUCACCCAGAAGGUGUGAAGGAAAACGGUGAAUACCUGUCUCUCUCUGCGUCUGUCUUUCUGUCGCAACCACAAACUUUUUUUGUUUUUUUUUGUCUGGGGAUAGAAACUUGCACAUGAAAGCAAACAAACCUCAGAGAAAAACUUUGUGAAGUUUCUGAACUUUUUUACAGCUUUUUGGACCCUGUGUCCUUUAAACACAUCAGUGGAUCAGACGAUGAGUCUCGAAUGGAUUUGAGAUGUUUUGCUUUUUUGUAUGAAGAUAUGCUGAGGAUCUGUAGAGUAACUUACAGGUGAAAGGGUUUGACAGAUCUGAGGUCGCUUCCCGACGUGGCGAUGACGGGGAACUGUACUCGUGAGUGCAGUGAGUUCGGACACUCAGAUUCCUGCUGGAUGCCGUCACCAAACCGCAACAACAAAAUCUCCAAGAGCGCAUCGAAACUCUCCACCUUCGUGCCUUACCAGGAGCGGGAGCCUCAGGAGCCGCUGAUGGCCAACGGAAGCCCCAAGCCCAUGGGGGAGGAACUCGGGGGCGGGGCCACCAACAAAAUGCCCAACAUCCGCUUCAUGGCCCCUUACACUAGUGCCUACUCCGCAGGUGGCGAGGGUGCGAAGGAGUGCACCAUGGAGGAAAUCCCGCUGAGUCAAACGGCAGCAACCACGCCCUCCAGCCAGGGCUCCAAGCGAGAGAUCUACCUGUGAAGAGUGAAGACAGAGUCGAGGGGUCGUUUAGGUCAUCAGGGUCAUCACCAUCAACCCAAGUGAACACAGGAAUUGCAGCAAGACCAAAACACUGGAACUGGUCAGCUAAUGAGAUCAGUCAGGUUUAAAGUCAUUGGGGUCCUGAAGCGCAAAGGUCCUCAUUAGGGUCGUUAAGAUCGUCAGGGUCGUUCAGGUCAUUAGGGUCCUUAGAAUCCCUUCCCCCCACCUGAGUGCACAUGAGACUUAGACCAGGACUAAAUAUAAA